AUGAAGAUGGAGAAAAUAAAAUGUAGUAUAAAAAUAAGAAAAAAUGAAAAAAGUAAAGAAAAUAAAAAGGAACCAAAAGUGAAUAUAUUUGAUGAAAUUUGCAAAAGUGAUGAAAAUGAAGAAGAGGAGGAUGAUGAUAAACAAAAAAAAAAAAUUCAAAAAGUGGAAAAAAUAAAAAGCAUGAAAGAUGGAAAUAUAUUCAUUGAGGAAACAGAAAAAGAUAUUAAAAACAUGAAUGAUAGAGAAAAAGCAAACUUGAAAUUUAUAAAUAAUUUAAAAAAAAAAUUAGAUCGUGUAAAUAAUAAAAAUAAUAUUAAAUAUUUAAAUUAUUUUCCAAAUGGGGAUAAUCAAAACCUCAAUAAAAAUCUCAAUAAAAAAUUGCUAUUAAAUUUGGAAGGUUCAGAUGGAGAUGAGUCAAGUCAAAAUUUGUCUGAUGUUGAAAUGAAAGAUAUACAUAAUUUUAUAAUUAAAAAAGAUGAAAUAAAAAAUGGUGAAGAUUAUGAUAUGUCAAGAAAAGAGGAGGAGACAAAUAAAAAUGAUACCAUUUUAAAUGGUAAAAAAAGAAAAGAAAUUGACGAAAUUGGCAAAGUUGGCAAAAUUGACGAAAUUGGCGAAGUUGGCAAAGUUGGCAAAAUUGACGAAAUUGGCGAAGUUGGCAAAAUUGACGAAAUUGACAAGUUGGGUAAUAAAAAUGAUAUAAAUAAUUAUAAGAUAUCUGAAAAUAGUUUAACUUUUAAAAGAAAACAAAUAUUAGAUAAGUUUAAUAAAAAAGAUAAAGAAUAUAAUCUUAAAAAUGAAUUAAAUUUUUAUCAAGAUUUUGAAGAACAUAAUAUUAAAAUAGAAAAUUACGGAUUAAGAAUUUUGAAAAAAAUGGGAUAUAAUGAGGAUAUAUAUAAUCAAUAUAUUAAUACAUAUUAUAAUACAAAUGAUGAACAAAAUAAGUCAGAAAAAAAUAAUACAAAUGGAAAUUAUUAUGAUAAAAUAUACGAAUAUUUUUCGUCUAGGCAGUUUCGAUUUACUGGUGUUGGGGCAGAAGAUGAGAUGAAAGAAAACAUGGAAAAAAUAAAACACAAUGACAAAAAUGAAAAAGAAGAAAAGGAAGAAAAGGAAGAAAAGGAAGAAAAAGAAGAAAACUCGAAUGAUAGUCAACAUAGCAAUGAUGAGAAUAACCAACAUAGUAGACAAAAAAAAGAUGGUAAAGAAAAAAAAAAAAAAAAAAUUGAUAAGUUUUAUAAUUCUGAUAACCAAUUUGAGAAUAAAAAUAGAGAAAAAAAUAGAGAAAAAAAUAGAGAAGAAGAUAGAGAACAAAAUAGAGAAAACACAAUUUUGAAUGAUGAUGAAAAAGAAGAAGAAAAUUAUAUAAAUAAUUGUAACAAUUUUUUUGAAGGGCUUUUAGUAAAAAUUAAUUUGAAAGACCAUGAAUUUUAUAAAAGAAAGGGAAUAAUUAUAUAUAAAAAAAAAAAAAAAAAAAAAAAAAAAAAACAAUACUACUAUGGCUUAUUGAUAUUUAAAACCUACAAACAUAUUAGUACAUAUAAAAAAUAUAUUAUUGGGAAAAUUGAAGAAUUUUUAGAGAAAACAGAAAAACAAAAUGAAAAAAAUAUAAAGGAUUAUAAAGAAAAUAAUGAUGAACAAACAGAAUAUGCCAAAAAUUAUUGGCGUCCUAUUAUUAAAAAAUUAAAUGACUAUAUUGAAUCAAAUAGCAAAAAAUUGGAAUUUUAUAUUACUGAAAUUAAAUCAUAUUAUUUAGAAACAGUAAUAAAUGAUGAAUGCUUAAAAUGUAAAGUUGUAAAUAAAAAUAUUUAUGAUCCAUCAAAAAAAAAUGAAACACUAUAUAAACAAACUGUUGAAUUAAAAAAAAUAAAACAAGAUCAUGCAUAUGUACAAGUUCAUAAAAAAUACAACUUAAAAGUUUCGCUCGAUGAUAUUUGUCAAUACAUUGGGCAUAUAUGA